AGCUUCAAAAAUCAUUAUGGAGUUGUUGAGUUCACUAGAAGGAAGGCUGUCAGUCCAAAGUGUCAUCUGCAUCCUGUUGCUCUUUCUUUGUGAGCCUCUGGUGCAAGGCUGUCCUCAUCCAUGCAGCUGUCUGAGACCUGAUGAAAUUCACUGCACAUUCCGACAACUGAAGUCUUUUCCUAGAAACCUACCAAGGAAUUUAGAACGUGCCAACUUGGGCUACAACCACAUUCAAUCUGUUAGCAGCAAAGAGCUCUAUGGUUUGGAAAAGUUGGCACUGCUGAUGUUGCAUGGUAAUGAAAUUCAGGCUGUGUCUGAUGGAGCAUUCAGUCAACUGAAAUCCCUCCAGGUCCUCAAGCUGAGUUAUAACAGGAUAUCGGUGGUGAAGCAGGGCAUGUUUGAGGGUCUUGCUGCCUUGGUUCGACUGCAUCUGGACCACAACAUCAUCGAACUUAUCCACCCUGGAGCAUUCCAUGGCCUUAUGGCAUUAAGGUUUCUGCAGCUAGAAGGGAACCAGCUCAAGCUCCUUCAUUCUGACACUUUCCAUACCUUCACCUUCUUGAACUACUUCCACGUUUCCACCCUCAAACAUCUUGAUGUAUCUGAUAAUCAGCUGCAGUCCAUUCCAGCGAGAAUGUUACAGUAUAUGCCUGCGCUACAUACCCUUUAUCUCCAUGGAAACCAUUUGAUAUGUGACUGCCGACUUCAGUGGCUGGUGACGUGGAAUAGAAUAACGGAUGGUAUUAAAUGCAAGAAAGGACAAACAUCUGAAAGGGGGCAACUGUGCCCAAGAUGUUUUUCUCCACACCACUUGAAUAGCACCGAAAUACUUCACCAUCCACCAGAAUUAUUUUUAUGCUCAAAACCCCAAAUCAUCUCCUCUCAAAAACUGAAAAACAGCUCAUUUUGGGAAGAACUACAACCAGAAAUACUCAGAGUAGAAGAAUUCCAGCCACCUCUUGGGGAAUUGUUUCUUAACUUGACAGAUAAUCAUGGUAACAAAGCUGAGAUAACUUGUAAUGUGCAACAACCAGGGGCAGACACAACAAUAAAUUGGGAACAUCUGAAUGAGCAAACACUAAAUAUCAGCAUAGCAUUUUCUACUACUCUGAUAUGCAAUAUUGAAAAAGAAGACCUGCAACGAAUCUGGAAGCUUAUUGCUUACUACUAUGAAACACCAGCAGUACUUGAAAGAGGACCAGUGAUGGGUGAUGGUCCUGAGUUAGUUUAUCAGUACAGGCAGGUUCAUGAAGAAUCUUCUCCAUAUUAUACAGAAGUCGCAGGAGUCCUGAUGGCUGAUCCAACAUGGCUGUUGCAAUCUCAUAUUAACCUCCGACUAGACCGAACUAAAACCACCACCAAAAAAUUAGCAAUUAAUUUUAGCACUGGAAUAUUACAAACAACUGAAACUCUACCAAAAAUGAAGCGAACAUGGAUAAUGAUAAGUGAGGAAAAUCCACUGAGGACCGUAAUGGAAGGAUCAACAGUGCAGCUACUGUGCCGAGUUACAGGUUCAAGCAGUGCUGUAAUAACAUGGGUUUUCCCAGAUCUAACCCAGGGAAAGUCUUUCACUCACACUGCUGAGAAUCGAGUUUCCAUCUCAGAUACUGGGGCUGUGACGAUAAAAGUUGUGGAUAUCUCUGACUCAGGACUUUACUAUUGCAUUGCAAAGCUUGGAAAGGAAGUUGCGAUCUUUACAUAUCGACUGACAGUCAUGGAAUUGUUUCCAAAUCCAGAGGUGUUCAAUGGUGCUGCGAUAUCUAUAAAAGAGGGGGAUCCCAUCCAUCUACCUUGCAUGGCAGGUUCAGCUCCUGAUGCAGAAAUUGUCUGGUUUCUACCACAUAACACCACUGUGUAUUCUACACUUGGUGGAAAGUUUAUUAUGGAUAAUGUCACGUUACUGCUUAAACACAGUUCCUCAAUGGAUAGUGGGAAUUACAUAUGUGUGGCUGCAAACAUAUUUGGUGUAGACACACUGUCACAUACUGUAACGAUUAAGAACAAAAACAAUGGCAAAGCACCUAUAGCAAGAAACUCUAAUCAAGGGACUACACCAAAUGCUUUUCUUGAAAGUCUCCCAGCAGUUGACCUGGAGACAGAGUCAUCAGGUGAGGAGGAAAGAAUAGAGAAUAUUAAGAUCAGUCAACCAUCAAGUAAAAAUACACAUAGAAAGGGAAAAGGUGAAAAGAUCUCCAUGGGGUGGAGUCCCAAAAACCCAACCACAAGUAAAUCUAAAACUAUAGGCCCAGGAAAACAAAAGGGUCAGAAAGAAAGCAGAAUCUGGAGCACAGAAAGGAAAACUAAUCCAUCCAUUAAGGAACUUAGUCCAAAACAGUGGGCAGAUAUCUUUGCUAGGGCCCAUGGAAGUAAUAAAGGUGCAGCACAUAAACAGCAAAAAGUCUCUCCAACACCAAAUUAUGAAAGCACUGUUACGUCACCAACUGCUUCACUGGAUAAUGCUUCUGAAAUUAAAGAGCAAAACCAAGAAGCUAUUAUCCUUUCAGUAAAAGAGCAUCCUGAGCAGUUAACUGCUUACAAAGGUCUGAUACUUGCUGUCUCUAAUGCUGACCAAACAGUAACUCCAGCAAGCACUAGCCAAGGUUAUUUAGUGUCAAGCAGCAGCUUACAGAUCCCAACCCAUAAUAGUGGGACCCCUCCUACAGUAAGUUUACACCCUAGUUACUCAUACUCCAUCCCUAGAGUUCCUGAUACUACAAAGAAUGGCAUAACAGUAACUGUAACACCUAUGACCCCUGACACCUUCACAGUUCAAAGUGAAAUGGACACUGAAGAUGCUCAGAAGACAGUAACAACAGUAUUUCACAGCUCAAGCUAUUUAAUAACAGAUUAUAUUUUAGAUGCUAGAAGCCACAGUAACACAGUAUCUACAAUACUCUCUAUACCAGUACACUUGUCAUUGAUAGACAGUACUCAAAAUCCCUCAGGUUACCAUGAUACAGCAUCUACAGUCUCCACCACUGUUUUAGACAUUUCAGCUCAUCACCUGGAUAAAUCUGUUGUACCUGUUUUCCCAAACUACUCUGUACCACAUUACAGCCUUCUAGACACUAGCCAGAUACAUGUUUCUGAAUCUGCUCAUAAGGCAAGACUUCCAGCCCAUGUCAAAAACAUCAAUAAUAUACCAACAAACAAAUCUGAUACCUCCCAUGUAUCAAUAGACACACAACAACAAAGAAAGCCAGUACCCAGACAAAAGAUACAGCCACCUUGGUGGAGAAAAGUAUCAGGUACCAGAUCAGGAUCCAACAGGCUUUCAAAUGAAAGCCAAAGGUUAAGACCUAGUAUUCUUAGAAAUGACAAAUCAUUGCUUCAAGGUAAGCAAUUAUCUUCAGGCUUGAAACAUACUGACAAAUCAGUGGGCAAUAUCCAAAUACCUCAUGUUUACUCUUCUGAAGUAUUCAAACAUCCGCUGGGGAGCUCAUCCACAGUCACCAUACCAACAAUACCCCCAGCAGAUUCAGUUCCGAGUACUCCAAUGACCUUUUCAAAUAAAUUACAGUCAACAACGAUCUUACUUUCUCAAAGAGUGUGGAAAACUUACAGACCUCCAUCAGAAGAAUUAUCACACCAAAAGACAAGCACAGCUCCUUCUGAGGUUUUAAAGGAAAUGUCCAUCCUGAACAUUAAAAAUGAAGGUUUCACUCACAUUUCUGAAAGUACCAAAACAACAACCCCUUUCCUUCCUUUGAAAUUUCCAUUUCCUUCUAACAUUUCUUUGGUAAGUUCAUUAAGUCAACCAACAGAACAUUUUGAUACAAAGUCAGAUGCUGCAUCUCUGUUAAAAGCUAACACAGACCCUUCACUGGGCACAACUUGGCCACCUAUUUCAAAACAUUACACUUCUCCUACAGUGCAGAUAAUUCCAAUAUCACAGACAAAAGACAAAGCUUCUUCAGUUGCUUUAUUGACCAAAGGAGUGAUUACAAAGCAGCCUUAUAAAACAAUAUCUCAGAAGAAUGUCCUUAUCAAAACUGGUUUCAAAAAACAGGUAGUCCAAGAGAUACAUAAUCCAAAUAUAUAUUCUGAGGAUCAUAGCAGAAUGAAAGCUGAGGAUUUUACUAAAGGAGAUCUACUGACAAAUCAGUUUCGCUUCCCUGUAUUCACUUCAAGGCCUAGUCACAAUGAUUCAAGACCACAUUACCAAAAAAUGCUAUCUCGCUUUAAAGGUAUGAGCAAAACAAUAAAUAGCAGACAGCCUUACCCAAACUGGCCAAAAUAUUCAUCAUUUCCAAAGUGGAGCUGGCCUUUUCAAUGGAAAGCUAGAAAGAAUUCUGUUGUCACAAACAGGCCAGAAAUUACAGCACUGACAGCUAAGCCCUUGACCCUUAAUGGCAAGCUAAGAAUCUCACCUUGGAAUAUGACUCUAACUCCAAAAUUUGCAAAUCGUUCAGCACACAACCACCCAAUGUAUGGACAUUACAGCUACAGCAAUCAUAUACAUGAUGUGGAUCUCGCUAACCAUGGUAAAGCCUUUCAGAAAACUCGACUUCAAGCAGAAACAAAUGUUCUGAAGCCUGACCAUGCAGUGCUAUGGAAUAGUAAUGUGCAGAGGGAGAGUAGGGGCCACGUAAAGCAGAAACCGAUGGUUUCCCUCCCAUCCCGGACUGUUCCAGAUAUGUUUGAUUUGCUAACUCCUACUUCAUCAGCAUAUCCUCUGUUGUCUCCCGAAAGGGAUCUAACUUCUUCUGCUCCUAGUCUGCUUCCAGAAACAAUAAGGAGCAGCAGUGGGUCUAAAGUCCCGGGACCGGUAUCUUGGCCCAGAUGGGUACAAAUUGGAGAAAUACCAAAAAUUAUAACUGAAAACAUUGAGACUGUAUCCGUUUUAGCAGAGAAGGAUUUGCAAUUAAACUGCAGUGCAUCUGGCAAUCCAGAACCUUCUAUCUCAUGGACAAAGAUCUCUACAGGUGCCACAGUUCCAGCUGGUGGUAAAUAUGGGCUGCGCUUUGAAGUAUUAUGGAAUGGUACAUUUAUAAUCCGAAAUGUUCACCUGCAGGACAGAGGACAGUACAUGUGCACUGCACAGAACAUUCAUGGCUCUGACCGCAUUGUUUUAACUCUCACUGUGCAUGCUCAAGCCCCUAAAGUAAAAGCUCCCAAGUUCCAGGAAGUGAUGACUUACCUGGGGAAAGCGAUUCUCCUGCUCUGUCCAGCAGAUGGAAGACCACAGCCUGAGACUGCAUGGUUGCUUCCAGAUAAAACUUUUGUGCGGAACCCCACUGCUGCUGAUAGUAGAGUGCUGCUUGUGGAGAAUGGGACACUGAAGAUUAAAGAUACCCACUUCUCGGACAAGGGAGACUACAAGUGCAUUGCAAGUAAUGCUGCUGGGGCAGAUACCAGAACAAUUCGCUUGCACAUUACUGCCUUACCACCACAGAUAAAAGAGGAGCCACUGGAGAAUAUAGCAUCACUGCCCGGAGAGAGUGUGUUCCUUCACUGUACUAUUGAAGGAGAGCCAAAACCAGAUAUGAAAUGGACCUUUCUUGAUGGGACCCAAAUAAAGCCAUCUCAAUUUCUGAACAAGAAAUUCUUUGUUUACCCCAAUGGGACUCUGCAGAUCAGGAAUGCCUCAGUGGUGGAUACAGGAAGUUAUGACUGCUCUGCUGCCAAUACUGUAGGCACAACUAACAGGGUGGUAAAUCUGCUCGUCAUGAAGGAACCAAUGGGAGGACAGAAGAACAAGGUAUUAGAAAAAAUGACCUUGGCAAUUUAUGGUGGCACACUGACUCUGAAUUGUACAUCUUCAGACAGUCUUCUUCCCAAUGUAAUCUGGAGACUCCCAUCAAGAAGACUACUAGACUCACACUACAGCCCCGAUAAGCGUGCUUCUGUACUGAGCAACGGCACACUGCAGAUUAUGUCUGUGACUCAGCAGGACAAUGGAGAGUAUCUCUGCAUGGCCAGAAGCACAAGAGGCGAAUUUCUGAAGUACUUUCAAGUUGAAGUGGCUUUGGCACCAGACAAAACUGAAUCAAAGCAAGAAUACACAUACAAAGUUAUUUACGGCAAACAUCUGAAGGUGGACUGUCUUGCCACUGGGCAACCAAAUCCAAAGAUUAGCUGGAAGCUACCAAAUGGCAUAGUAAUCCAGCAUUCUGAGCAUUAUGGUAAUGCAGAAGGUAUAAGAGUCCGACGUUACAUUGUUUUUGGUAAUGGAACACUUUUUGUCAAUCAAGUGAGUCUAGAAGAUGAAGGAAACUAUACCUGUUAUACACAGAACCAGCUUGGCAAAGAUGAACAGAGAGUCAGAGUCACUGUAGUAUCUCAGCAACCCAGAAUUCAUGCAAAGUUUCAAUCUCUUGUGCUGGCUGAACUUGAAAAAUCUGCAGGCUUGGACUGUGAAGCAGAGGGGGAGCCUACCCAAAUAUUAUGGCUUUCUCCUACUCAAAAAAUCAUGAAUAUGUCCCCUGGAAAAUAUCACAUACAUAAUAAUGGAACACUGGCCUUCAGGCAUGUGUCUUUAUCUGACAGCGGGACUUACACAUGCCUGGCUAGAAACAUUGCUGGAGAGGAUGCAAAAAAUGUUACAUUCCUCAUCAAGGACCAUCCUCCUACUAUCAAUGGAAGAUUAGGCACAAUAUCUCUAAGCGAGACUGCAACAAGUAGCCAUAGGAAGCUACUUGACUGCAGGGCUGAAGGGGUUCCAAGGCCAGAGGUCAGAUGGAUGACAUCUAAGGGGGUGGUCCUUCCUGUGCCUUACAGCGGAAACAGGCAGAGGGUACACAGUAACGGAACCCUGGAAUUUCAAGCAGCAUGGAAGUCUGAUUCAGGGAAGUUGGUAUGCCAAGCACAGAAUAAGGCUGGGGAGGCAAGGAUGGAGAUUGACUUAAAAGUUCUAGAUGAAUUGCAAAGUCCCUCAUAUGAGAAUCCUCAGAAUGAGACUGUCUUUAUAAAGCCCACUGGUAGCAUACAACUACACUGCUCAGCAAAUGGGACUCCAGCAUCUGCUGUAGCUUGGACUCUUCCCAAUGGGAUGAUUCUGAGGCCUGGCAUGUGGCUUUCCAAGAUAUAUCAUGCAAAAAAUGGGACUCUGCUGCUGCCUCAGCCAACGGUCUUUGACACAGGAGGUUACCUGUGUACUGUUAGCAAUACUGCAGGUUAUGUACAUAAAUGGUUCAUUCUGAAAAUGGGAAGGCAGCCACAAAUUCACUCUCGCAAUGUUCCUUCACUGAUGAAAACUGUCUAUGGAGAAACACUUCUACUACAUUGUGAAACUGAGGGAGACCCAAAGCCUCGAGUAUCAUGGACCUUACCUAGCAGAGUUGCUUUAGGUGGGCCUCAGACCAUUGGCCGUGUUACAGUGCUAAGUAAUGGUACGCUUCUGGUACACAAAGUAAUAACUUCUGAUAGUGGAACUUAUAGCUGCAAAGCAGCCAAUGAGCUAGGCAUGGAAGUGUUAUCUGUUCCUGUUAUCAUUCUCGCAUAUCCUCCCAGGAUUACCAAUUCCCCUCCACCUAGCUUAAAGGCCAAGGCAAAUUCAAUACUGCUGUUGACAUGCCUGGCCAUUGGGAUACCCCGUGUAGAAAUCUCUUGGCGUUUACCAGACUCUUCCAUUUUACCACCACUGAAAAGAUUAUCUAGUCCAUCUGGAGACAAAGAGACAGGCCCCCAGGGGACACUAGUGAUUCUAAACCCUGCCCCUAGUGACUCUGGUGUUUAUCGAUGUUUUGCCAAGAAUGUUCUGGGUACAGACUCAAGGACAACGUAUGUGCAAGUUCAUUAAGCUCUAGCUUGGGCGAUACAACAGUACCUCUGGAGGUUUGUCCUCCAUCAUUGGAAUGGUUCGUUUGCCUUGGAAUAUUAUAUUGUUACACAGAUGGCAGGAGGGGAAGGACCAGACUGCAACAGACUGAGACACUUUGUAGGACAAUGUCAGUGAACAGUUUCUGCACAAAUAACAGUCAAUGAAACUGUAGAUUGUUUUAUACAUAUAUUUCCUGUAAAAGUUUCAUGUACUUGAAAAGGUAAGGUGGCCCCACGUUAAAACAUGCAUAAUUAACAUAUCAUUCUGUGUUCGGCAGAUAAAGAUGAGGGGAUUAUAAAUCAACAAACAUGUGAUAGGGUAUGUCUUGCUGGAUAUUACUCCAUGUGGGAUGUUUUUCUAUUUUCUUCAAAGUAUUUAAAGUGGAAAACAUUAUGUAUAUACUGUGCAUUUUUUGUAAUUUAUUGAUAAUUAUGAUACUGUAUGGUUUAUCAAACAGAAACAUCAGACACACCAUCAUUUGUGUAUGCUGUUUUAUCACCUUGUGUACACACCUUAACAUCUCUGCUGGUGUGAGGUUUAAGAUCUUUCUUUCUUUAUUUCAUAAGCUUAUUCAACAGUCAACCCAAUGUUUUCUCUAAGACCAACAAGACCCCUUUAACCUGUAUUAGAGCAAAAUGUGAGUAUAUUUUUAACUUGUAUUUUAUUUUGAUACAGCCCUCUCCAUAAAUAGAAUUGAACACAAACUGGCCUAAAAAAUAGCUUGAGAGAAUACAUUUUUCUGACAUAAUUGCUUGCUGCCUACCAGACUGGUUGUUUACAGUUUUGACAAACUGAGAAUAUAUUUGUAUUAAUAAUCAGCUUGUAAUGCAUAGACUGCAGUGCAAUAUAGGAGUGCCUAGCUCACUGACUCUUCUUUUCCUGACAAGUAAGCUGCAGAUCAUAAUUAACUUAUAUCCUAAACACACCGCCUCUACUCUCUGCUCUAGAAAUUGCCGUGCAUCUCACACACACGUGCGUGCCUUGUUGAAUGCUCUCAUCACUCUUUCACUCCAUACCCUCCUUUGUAAGGCUGUCCCACCCAUUCCCCUAUCCUCUCAACUUUGAAUAAAUUAUUGUUUAUACUGCAUUUGUGUAAUUCACUCAGUCUCAAAACUGUGUUCCUGUUUUCUUGCAUACUUUGGCAUCGGAAAAAUGUUGUAUCCUGCUCUCUUGAAUUUUGUUGCAUCUUCUGCAGUAUUUAGAAGUUCAUUUAAUUCUCCUAUUCACAGUUCCUCAAGGGUAUUUGUGCAUGUGCCUUUCUUUAUUAUUCUCUCACCCACUCACUGUAUGUAUAUAUGGGUCUACUUCUAAUGAUCGAAAUCCCAAGUACUUAACUCCACUUAACACUGAGAUGACUUCACCAACAGCACGUUUGAAUGAACUCUUUGAUCACAGAUAAGGAACUCCAGGUAAGUAACCACUUGGCCACCAUGGUGAACUUUGCACCUUUCCCCACUGCAGUGUGAUCUCACAGUUGGUAUAUUUAAUUAGGGGGGUGUGGGGUGCAGCCUCCCACAUGGGUGGGUUUAAUUUGGUUUGGUUUUAUUUUACUUUGAGGUGCAGACAAGUGGUUACUUACCUGGAGUUUUCAGUUAGUGAUUCGAGUGUUCAUUUAAAUGCAGUUUCGGCUAUGUUGUCUCAGUGUUAAGAAAGUCAGGUAAGUGGGAUUUUGUUCAACAGAA